AGGACGACGCCCAGGCGCUGCUGAGGGAGGCGAUUCUCUGGAGGCCCAAGGGCGAGAGCAGCCAGGAGGCCAAGAGGCGCCUGUACUGCGGGGGGCGUCAGCGCACGCGGGCCUUCCGCCUCACGCUCGGCGCCGCAGACCUCCGGGGCGUGCGGGCGCGGGACGGCCGCCUGGGCGCCGCGGUGGCCUCGGCGCCGCCAGGACUGGCGGGGCUCCAGGCGGGCGACGAGAUCACCCACGCGGCGGGCCGGCGCGUGGCCGGCAGCGACGACCUCCGCCGGCGGGCCGCGGGGCCACGGGCAGGGCCGCAGGGUGAAGUCGGGCGUGUCCCCCCUACAGGGGGAUUUUCCACGAAAGAUCAAAAAUAC